AUGUACCCUAAGAAAACACCAGUGGAUGCAAACGAAAAGCGUGAAAGAGAUAAGCUACAUCGUCGUGAGCAGAUGAAAUCCCUGCUCAUUAGUAAAUUCCAGGGGAAGUACUCCUUUGGGUCCAAGAACCGUGAGGAGAGGGAUAAAAUUAUCACAAGAGAGGUUAACUCCCUCGUUGAUAAUAAAAUCUGCUCUGAGAAGCACCUAGUAGAGUUAGACAAGAAGCUUAGCAACCUCUUUGAUGGUAAUAAUAAAUCAGAAAAGUCCCAUAAUUCAAAAGCCAGUCAUCAUUCUAGAGUCUCAGCUGCCAAAAGUGGCAAGAACUCAGACAUCUCAAAGAGAAGUGCAUUUGUUAGAGCAGGAGCUGAUAUUCUUUCUAGAGAAAAGGAGAUGAAAAUGUCAGGAUACAGCAAGAAUGGUUCUGCAGCUGGGCACAGUUACACUGCCAGUCUCAAUAGAUCCUUAGUAGGCCCUAAGGCUCCUGACGAAUGGGACAACCUCAUCAUGAAAGAUGUGAAGAAAUACGAACAAGAGCAACAGCAAACCCUAGAGAAACGUCGCAAGAUGAAACAGCAAAUAAUGAAUGAUCUCAACAAGCAAAUCCGUGACAAAGAAGCUAUGAAAAAGAAAAGCCGUGAAGAAGAGAUCAACAUGGAAAAGAAGCGGCAGAACAUCCACCACCAGCAAGAAAAACUUGAAAAGCAAAAAGAGAUGCUCAAGAAGUUGAAAAAUGACGAAGAAAGAAAAAUCAUGGAGACCCAAAUCGCUGAAGUAGAACACCACAGAAAAUUUGAGAAGCACAAUGAGAAGCUACAAGCUGAACAUGAGAAGGAGCAGGUCCUUAGGGAGCUAGAGGAUGAUCUUGAGAAGCAGAGAAGGAAGAAGAAGGAAUAUAUCGAGGUCUGUCAAAAGCAAUACAAAGAAAAUUUGGAACUCAAGGAGUCUCUCAAGAGCAAAGAACUUCAGCGCAAGAAGGAAGACACUGCUAAGAAGAAUGAUAUGUUCGGGAACCUAUUUGAAGAGAAAACUCAUGUCAGCUACGAACUAGCUGCUAGAAACCAGAAGAAGUUCGACGCUCUCACCAAAAUCCUCGAGCGAGAAAAUGAGAAGAAAAAUAGAGCUAGGAAUUAUACUGAAUUCGAAGAAGGUGACAACAAGUUGGAUAAAUAAGAACGAUAAAGACCAACAGAAAAGAAAGCUAAGGCACCAGGAAGAUGUCAAGUCUAACCUCAACUUCUUACAGGAGCAGAUCAAGUUCAGGAAGGAAAAGGAGAAAUUUGAAAAAGAUACUGAGGUUAAGCAAGCUUAUCUCAUGAAUAAAAGAGCUCUUGAUGAGCUAGAAAUGGAGGCUGCAAGGACCCAGGCUAUGAGAAAUAAAAGAAUUCAGCAUAAAAAUGAGCUAAAGAACCAAGAGUAUGAAAAGGCUAAAGAUGGAGCUAACUACUCGAUGACACAACAAGAGAGACUCAUGAACAAGGACAGACUCGAAGCAUUACAGUAA